AUGGACACACCAAACGAGCUGAAAAAUAGAUCUGUCAACAAUCAGCAAAGUAAAUUCAAAACUCCUUCUCGUCCUCCUUCUGGGUGCCUCAUUUCUCCUCCUAAUGCUGAGUUUAUUCCUCCUCUUCCUAGUGCUGAGUUCAUUCCUCCUCAUCCUAAUGCUGAGUUCAUUCCUCCUCCUCCUCAUGCUGAGUUCAUUCCUCCUCUUCCUAGUGCUGAGUUCAUUCCUCCUCCUCCUCCUGAUUCUGAGUUCAAUCCUCUUCCUCCUAAUGCUGAGUUCAUUCCUCCUCCUCCUAAUGCUGAGUUCAUUCCUCCUCCUCCUCAUAAUGCUGAUGCUGAGUUCAUUCCUCCUCCUCCUAAUGCUGAGUUCAUUCCUCCUCCUCCUGAUGCUGAAUUUAUUCCUCUUCCUCAUAAUGCUGAGUUCAUUCCUCCUCCUCCUAAUGUUGAGUUCAUUUCUCCUCCUCCUGAUGCUGAGUUCAUUCUACCUCCUCCUAAUGCUGAGUUCAUUCCUCCUCCUCCUAAUGCUGAAUUAAUUCCUUCUCAUCAUAUUGCUGAGUUCAUUCCCCCUCCUUCUCCUAAUGCUGAGUUCAUUCCUCCUCCUCCUAAUGCUGAGUUCAUUCCUCUUCCUCCUAACGCUGAGUUCAUUCCCCCUCCUCCUCUUAAUGCUGAGUUCAUUCCUCCUCCUCCUAAUGCUGAGUUCAUUCCUCCUCCUCCUAACGCUGAGUUCUUUCCUCCUCUUCUUAAUGCUGAGUUCAUUCCUCCUCCUCCUAAUGCUGAGUUCAUUCCUCCUCCUCCUAACGCUGAGUUCAUUCCUCCUCUUAAUGCUGAGUUCUUUCCUCCUCCUCCUCAUGCUGAGUUCAAUCCAGCUCCUCCUAAUGCUGAGUUCAUUCAUCCUCCUCCUCAUGCUGAGUUCAUUCCUCCUCCUCCUCCUGAUUCUGAGUUCAAUCCUCCUCCUCCUAAUGCUGAGUUCAUUCCCUCCUCCUAA